AUGGCGUCGCUUCUACUCGGUGCUCCUCCGCGAGUCUCCGUCGUAUCAUCUCUCUCCGCAUCUUGCUCUCGGUUAUCAUCAUCUCACUCGGAAACUGUCGGUGUCUCUCUCUCCUGCUUCACUCAGCAAUUGUCUCUCUCCGCUUCCUCAUCAUCCAGCUCAAUUCCACUUGUGUACUGUGGCAGAGGUGACCGCAAAACAGCGAAAGGAAAGCGUUUCAAUCACUCAUUCGGAAACGCGAGGCCACGAAACAAGAAGAAGGGAAGAGGGCCGGAGAGAGUACCGGUCCCUCCUGCUCCUCCGAGGAAGGAUAAGUUUGAGAACGACGAGAAGAUCAAAAUCGACAUCGACGAGUCUCUCUUCUCUAAUUAG